CUUCAAAUCCUCCUCCUCCUUUCUUCUUCACCUACCUCUCUACUUUCCCAAUCUCAUUCCAAAAAACUUCCUUCUGACGAUUCAAUCCUUUUUUUGCUAAGCUAACUGUGUCGGAAAUCGGAAAUUUGGUUGCCAUGGAAAUCCCAGUGAUCAACAGGCUAAGUGAGUUCGAGCUGUCGAUGCAGAAUCCUUCAUUGCUUUCUCGGGUUCUUUCGGUUUCUGGGUUCGAAGCCUCCAGCUUUUGGAAAUUGGGCGCCUUGAUUCUUGCGAUCGUCGCAUCUUUUGGCACCCUGGUGAACGGAAUCAAGGCUUUCAUUGUCAAAAUCAAGAGAGUGAAUUCUAUAGCUUCGGAGCCUCUUCUGAAAUUUGUCGUCGACGAUUAUUCAGACAGCGAGGACGAAACUUGUUCGUUGUCGUCUUCUUAUUUGGAUGACGAAGAAGAAGACAGCGAUGACGACGACGAACCCAAAUUGCAUCGGUUCCAACCCAUGGAUGAUGAUUUCCGGGUGGCAGGCGGUUCGGGUCGUUAUGUGGAAAGCCACGGGGAGAAUCCUAAACCAAAGCUCCGGCGUGGGUUCUCGUGGGCGGACUUGACCGGCGGCAGGAGCGUUGUUAAGCUGUGGGACAAACUAGGCUUGGGGUUAGACUUUGUUGAUGACGGCACCGCCGGCGAUGAAUCCUAUUCCAGUGUGUUCUCCGUGUACCAAACCAACAGAGAUCAGAGAAUCGUCUCCCUCUGGGGAGGGACACCGGCGGCUGCCUCCACAUCAGCGCCUGUAAUCGUGGCGGCGAGGAGGACGAGCGGGUCCGGCGACGUAUCUUUGGGGGUUUGGGACGCGCGCCUCCGUCGUCGGAUACCGGCGAUAUUUGCCGAGUGGCGGCCCCAGCUGGGAAAGAUCGUCGGUAUCGGAUGUGGCGGCGUCGAGAAGGUCUACGUCAGGGAUGAUGCCAGCGGUGACCUAACCGUUGGUGACAUGAGGAACGUAAGCUCACCGUUAACAAAUGUAACUGCGUCUGACAUGGAUUCCUGGUGGGACGCGGACGACGCCGUUUUUAUCGAGGACGAGCAACCACGUGGUGAAAGUAACUGACCUGCACGUUACGUCUAAUUAGAAAAUAUGUGAAUAAAUUUUAUUUUCCUUAGCAUUUAGUUAUUUUUAUUUUUUAUUUAUUUAAUUUCUCUGUAUUCGGUCGCAAAGAUGGCGACUCAACAUUAAUAGCACUUUUUCCUUUUAAGGAACAAUUGAAAAAAAAAAUGAAAAUAAUUCAUUAAUCAAA